AUGCAAAUGGAUCCACAUUCGUCCAUCCCGUGUUGUAAUCAACUCAUUUCAAUGCAUUUGAACGAUCAACUUUUAUGUAUGCAUGCAAAACCCGCAAUCAAUCAGCAUCAUUCAUGUGUUUCAUCUUCGAAAUAUUCUUCACAUGAAUUUGAGCAAAUUAAAACUAUUCGUUCGAACUCAUCUAUGAAUCGACAUAUAUCAGUGCCAUCUUAUGAUCACGUAAAUCUUUUCGCUGAAGAUUUCCCGUCGACACGACAUCAAGAAGAUUCUCCGCUGCGCAUUCAUGUUGGAAAUAUUCCAUUUCUCUGGACAGUUGACGAUUUAUGCAAACAAUUUCUCGUUUUUGGACCAAUCAAAGAUCCUGAAAUUGUUUCGAAUGAACGUGGCUCAAAGGGAUUCGGUUUUAUUACAUUCCUUCGUCGUAGUGAUGGUGUAAAUGCUAUUCGUGUCAAGAAUGGCUCGAUUGCUGACGGAAGGAAAAUAACUGUGGCGUUAGCAUCGUCUCGCUCUUCGAACCGAAUCAACUCGUCGCAUUGUCAUUGUUGCUCGCUAAAUAAUCAUUUUGUUAACUGA